CACUCUCUCCGUCAAGCCUGGGGUGGAGUUGUUUUUCUUUCCUUCUCUACAAGGCAUGAAUUUGCCUGUGAGACACGGCACGUGAACCUCCUUCAAUUUGGCGCACUAAUCCUAAAAUAAGGCAUGAAGUGUUAAAUGUUAGAAACACACAGAACUGCGCUCAGACAAGGAGAAAGAGAGGGAGAAAACGGAGGAGAGUGAGACGCACGCGCUGCUCUGGUGCGUCAGUGCAGAGACUGCAUAAAAAGAGAGAAAAAAAAUAACAAAAAAAACGUGCGCUGCGCAAUUAGGCUAGAAACCUUGUGUUUUUUCUCUCCAUUUUCUGGAAGAUAAAAUAAAUAAAGAAAUCAAGCUGGCUCAGUGCAUGUCACAGCAGCCCGCUUUGACAGGUGCUGCUCAGCCCCUUUGGAGGACUGCUUUCAGCAGCAGCAGGAUGGCAUCAGAACUGGCAAUGAGCAACUCCGACCUGCCCACCAGUCCCCUGGCCAUGGAAUAUGUUAAUGACUUCGAUCUGAUGAAGUUUGAAGUGAAAAAGGAGCCGGUGGAGCCGGAUCGCAGCAUCAGCCAGUGCAGCCGCCUGAUCGCCGGGGGAUCCUUGUCUUCCACCCCGAUGAGCACGCCUUGCAGCUCGGUUCCCCCUUCCCCAAGCUUUUCGGCGCCCAGCCCGGGCUCCGGGAGCGAGCAGAAGGCUCACCUGGAGGAUUUCUACUGGAUGAGCGGCUACCAACAGCAGCUGAAUCCCGAAGCGCUGGGCUUCAGCCCCGAAGACGCGGUAGAGGCGCUGAUCAGCAGCAGCCACCAUCUCCAGUCCUUCGAUGGCUAUGCUAGAGGGCAGCAGUUCGCCGGGGUGGCCGGGGCAGGAGGCGGCAUGGCCGGGGAGGAGAUGGGCUCAGCAGCCGCUGUGGUAUCCGCUGUUAUCGCUGCAGCGGCAGCGCAGAACGGAGGUCCCCACCACCAUCACCACCACCACCACGCCGGGGGACACCACCCCUCCACAGGGGUCCCGUCCAACGCCAGUUCGGCAGGCAGCCACCAGCACAUAGGACACCUGGACCUGGACGACCGGUUUUCGGACGACCAGCUGGUGAGCAUGUCAGUACGGGAGCUGAACCGACAACUGCGCGGGGUCAGCAAGGAGGAGGUGAUCCGGCUGAAACAGAAGAGGAGGACCCUAAAGAACAGAGGCUAUGCCCAGUCCUGCCGCUACAAGCGGGUCCAGCAGAGACAUGUUCUGGAGGGCGAGAAGACGCAGCUGAUCCAGCAGGUGGACCACCUCAAGGCGGAGAUAUCACGGCUGGCCAGGGAGCGGGACGCAUACAAGGACAAGUACGAGAAGCUCAUAACCAACGGCUGCAGGGAAAACGGAUCCGACAACACCCCCUCGUCCCCAGAGUUUUUCAUGACGUCGAGAAAGUUCCUCCAUCUGUGAUAGUGACCCUUGAACCCUGCACAUGACCCUUGACCUGGAGUCUAAGAAACCAUGACAGAGGAAUGCUGAUAUCUUAACAUCAUUCCGCGGCACCAGACGGCCACAAAGCACAACGUCCACACAUGUCCAAACCACCCAGAAACCAAGCAACAGACCCUGUACAGAAGUCCAGAUGGACCCGUCACCCAACACCGCACACUUUGAUGACGAGAUUAUCCCCCGAAACAAAUGACAACCAAACUAAACAUCCAA